CGCGAUUUCAUAAAAUAGUCCCCACAGUUGGUGGCCGGCUGCAGUCAGAGCUCAGCACUUGUUGAAGCGCCACGUAUUGCGUGUAGGUGUGUCAGCGUGUCUGUGUGUGUGUGUGUGUGUGCGUGUUUCGUGACUACCAGAAGAAGAAGCAACAAAAAGCCAGGCCGCAGGUUAGAAGAAGUAGUAGCAGCAGCAGCAGUAGCAGCAACCAAGCGUCGCUUGUGUGUCGCCGUUUGUAUCGGGUGUCGUAUCAGUGCCGGUGAUUCCCCUUGGGAGGGGGUGCAUUUCGUGGAGUGAUUUCGGCUCGCGUGCGCGCUGAUUACGUCGUGCUGUGUUUACGUCUUAUUCGUUGCGUUUGCAAUCACCUUUAGCUAAACUUCUUGCUCUCUCGUAAACCACCACCGCAAAGCCUGCCAAGAUGAGCGCUCGCCGAGGACUUCGUACGCGCGUCUACGACGCUAACAUGAGCAUGGUCGAGAACAACUACAGGGCGGCACUGGAGCGCCUGGAGAGGAGCCGUCGUGCCACUUCCCUCGAGCGUGAGGCGAAACCACGCGGUUCACCGUUCACUGGAGGCGCCUCCGCUGCCCUCGCCAACCGGUACGACUUCAACGGUUCCAUCGUCGAUGAGGAGCUGCAGGCGGCCCGUAGCCGCGCCUCGAAGGUGAUCCAGGAGAAGUCGAUCAUCGAUCAGCGCGCGGAGCAGUUCCGCAGCACCAGUCUGGCGCCGGCCCCCCUCAACUCGGUGCUGCUCGAGAACGAGUUCGACGAUCAGGUUCAGGCCACACUCGAUCGGAUUCGGGCAAGCAAAACGCUCCUCAGCCAGCUGCAGUCGGAUGACGCGCUGGAAUCGUACCGCACCGAUACACGCUCGAAGCUGAGCGAACAGACGGCCCGGAAGCUGGCGGAGAAGUCCGUCGCCAACUACGAUGACGAGGAGUUCGCGUCGACCGGCAUGACCACGCGGAAGGCACUUAAGAUUCGUGCGACGAGUGAGCUGCAGAGCACGGCCAAGAGCAGCAGCAGCAGCAAGUGGCAGGACGAGACGGCGGAAUCGUACGCGAGCAAGCGGGCUAAUGCGACCCGGGCCCGGCUGCAGGACAUCGACCAGGAGAUUGAGGAUUUCGAGCAGAAGCAGGCGGCCCGGGCACGCCGUUCCGCCCAGCUGAAGCAGCUGCUGGCCGAAACGGCCGCAGAAGAUAUCGUGCCGGCCAGCUACAGUGCUCACGCCGACGGUACCAAGGUCACCACCGGGGUCGUCAAGUUUAAGUCCACGCAGAAGAAGACGGUUAGCUUUUAAAGGAGGGAGGGGAAAUUGGUGAGCGUCGUCGGGUGGUGGUCAUGUGAAGGAUUUUGGAGUGUUAGGGUGUGGUCUCCUCUCACACUCCAUUUUCUGCUUUCCUUCCUCAACUCCAUUCUGUCUGUGUGUGUGUAUGUGUGUGUGCGUGCGUGUGUUCGGGCGUGUGUGUGUUGCGCACUUCUUUAAAUACAUUACGCGAUCCCGUACCGUUUA